GUCAUUUAUCUACUAAAGAGGAAAUCCACAGUAAGAGGAUGGGACAAUUUCAAAGCUCCGGGAAGCAAGAAAUUGAUGUUGCGGACCUCCAGGAAAUGUACAAAAAAUUUGUUGUGGAAUGUCCCAGUGGAGCUUUAUAUCUGCAUGAGUUUAAAGGAUUCUUCAGCGUUCUGGACACCUCUGAAGAGUCCUUAUAUAUGGACAACAUCUUCAAAACUUUUGAUAAGAAUGGGGACAAUAUCAUAGACUUUCUGGAGUACAUAGCAGCUUUAAAUCUUGUACUAAGAGGAAAACUUGAACAUAAACUGAAAUGGUCUUUCAAGGUGUACGAUAAGGAUGGCAACGGAUGUCUUGACAAAGAAGAACUGAGGGAAAUUAUAGAGACAAGCAGCAAAAUGGAUCAUGAAACCCAAUUACUUACACCCGAUGAAGUCUGUGACCGAAUUUUCGGGAUAGUUGAUGUGAAUGGAGAUGGACAACUUUCCCUGGAAGAAUUCAUUGAGGGUGCUCAGAAGGAUGGAUGGGUUAUGAAGAUGCUAACCUUAGACAUCAAUCCCACUGGAUGGGUUACUGAACAAAGACAAGUUCACCAAUCUAAAAAGCAAACAUUAUAUAUACAGUAG